CCGGUUUACGCUCAAGAUGGGUUACAGAGGACGUAGAAAGUCUUUGAAACGCUUGACGGCACCCAAGUCAUGGAUGCUGGACAAGACUGGGGGUACCUUUGCUCCCAAGUCCAGCCCUGGCCCACACAAAGCUCGUGAGAGCUUUCCAAUGACUCUGUUCCUGAGAAACCGUCUGAGGUAUGCUCUGUCAUACCAGGAGGUAAAGAAGAUUGUCAAGCAGCGACUUAUCAAAGUGGAUGGUAAAAUUCGCACUGACAACACAUUUCCCACAGGUUUUAUGGAUGUGGUCACCAUUGACAGGACCAAUGAAAACUUCCGCAUCCUGUACGAUGUGAAAGGGAGGUUCGUUGUGCACAGGAUCAAGCCAGAGGAGGCCAAGUACAAGCUCUGCAGAGUUCGUAAAGUGGCCACUGGACCUAAGAACGUGCCGUACAUUGUCACUCACGAUGGCCGCACCAUUCGUUACCCCGAUCCUCUGGUGAAGGUGAACGACUCUGUGCAGGUGGAUAUUGCCUCUGGCAAGAUGAAGGAGUACAUCAAGUUUGACACUGGCAAUCUUGUGAUGAUCACUGGAGGUCACAACUUGGGCCGUGUGGGAACCAUCACCCACAGAGAGAGACAUCCCGGAUCCUUCGACAUUGUGCACAUUAAGGAUGCUCUUGGACACACCUUCGCCACCAGGUUGUCAUACGUGUUCGUUAUUGGCAAGAGUAACAAGGCCAUGAUUUCCCUCCCACGAGGCAAAGGUGUGAAGCUGUCCAUUGCUGAGGAGAGAGACAGGAGAAUAGCCGCCAAGGCUCAGUGAAGCGUCCAAGUCCUACAAAGAUCAGCAAGAACAAGUCUACCCAACUUGGGCUUCUAAAACAAAUUGGAUUGCUGAAUAAAUUUACACCAUAA